UGAUACUGAACUAACCUCAGACGAAGGACGUUGUUUUCCCGGCAGAAGUUGCAGUUCGUUGCUGCCGCUUUCACCAGGAUUUUGGAAAGUUGGUGGGGAAUACAACUGCUGAAAUGAACACCUCUCUUGGAAUAGUGUUAUUUCUUUGUCUUGUAAUUUUCAGUCUGGGCUCAGCUCUCCAGUGCUAUAAAUGCUCGGAUUACUCUGGGCGCUGUUCAAAUGUUCAGGACUGCACUUAUGAGGACGCCUGUCUCACGCUAAGUGAAAGAGGAGGCAAGACCAUCCGUCGGUGCAUCAGGUACACGGACUGCGACAACGCUAGGCUGACUCAAAUGUUCCCCGCGGUGUCCGGGUUCACGUACAGGUGCUGCAGUUCGAACCUGUGCAAUAGCAGUCCUCCCACCGCGAUGAGCAAGUCUGUGCUUGGCUUGUUGGUGUCGCUAGUGGUCUUCUGGUGGUGCUUGCUCUAAUUCCCACAACCAGCCGACCUUGUAACGAACUAACCUUUCAGCCAUAUUUCACCGUGAGAAGAGGAAAACUAAAACAGGAAUGCAACUGAAUUUUGCUGUGAAACCUUAUCAGUAAUAUCAAUUUUUACUACAUUUACCGUUAUUUAGUAAAUAAACUCUAAACUUUUAAAAUCUA